AAAUCUCUCCUCUCACAAUCUCAAACUUCCUUUUCCUCUGUUACAUCCCCUUCUCCCAAACACAAACACACACACAUAAAAAUAAAAAAACCAAAUGGCUGUCUCAGGCUUCGAAGGGUUCGAGAAACGACUAGAGCUCCAUUUCUUCGGCGAUGAUCCAGCCAUGUUCCCACUUGGUCUAAGAAAGCUUGAUUUUGAAUCACUAGAACAAGUCCUGGAAGCUGUCCAAUGCACUGUGGUUUCAGCCGUUGGAAACUCUUACUUUGAUGCCUACGUGUUAUCAGAAUCAAGCCUCUUUGUUUACCCAACAAAGAUCAUAAUCAAAACCUGUGGCACAACCCAACUUCUGAAAUCCAUUAUUCCCUUGAUCCACUACGCUCACCACUUAGGCCUCACCCUCUCUUUUUGCCGCUACACAAGAGGAAGCUUCAUCUUCCCCAAGGCACAGCCUUUCCCUCACACAAGCUUCAAGGACGAAGUGUCCUACCUGCAGGACACCAUCCCUCCAAACCUCUGCUUCAGAAAAGCCUCCAUCAUGCCCUCCAAAUCUUCCUCUCACUCAUGGCACGUGUUCACAGCCACCUCGCACGUGCCUUAUGAUCAUCAUCACGACAACGAGUUGUUAUUCACCAUGGAGAUCUGCAUGACGGAGCUGGACCCCAUCCUCGCCCGGAAAUUCUUCCGGCGAGCGGAGGACGGAAAAUCCGGCGACUCCGCCGGGAAGGAGAUGACGGAGGUGACGGGGAUCAACGAGAUAAACCCGGAGGCGCUCAUCUGCGACUUCGCGUUCGACCCGUGUGGGUAUUCGAUGAAUGGCAUGGACGGGGAUUGGUACUCCACCAUCCACGUCACUCCGGAGGACGGUUUCAGCUACGCCAGCUUCGAGUGUGUAGGCUCCGUCAGCGACAACAUGGGACACGUGUUGAGGAAGGUGGUGCAGAUUUUCCGUCCUGGUACCAUGUCCAUUUCCACCACAUGCAACGGUUACACCAACGACAUGUGGACGCAGGUGGCCACCGCCGUGGAGCCUCUCGGGUUGAAAUGUCGGAGCCGUGCGAUGGACCAGUUCCCCGCCGCGGGCAGCGUGGUUUUUCAAACGUUCAGCGCUCGCCGGAAAAGUGUUUAAAAAGAGAGGAGGCCGUUGUGGCGGUGGCGUAUUAAUUAUCAUAGGUAGGAAGUUAGAGUUAGUUGAAAAUUUUAGAGGGUGGUGACGUGGAUGAAUGUUAUUGGUUGUGAGGGGUGAUGAAUGUGGGAUUGACUUGUUUAGAAAGAUAGGAGAAGUGGGUGGUAAGUACAAGAGGUUGGGUUACUGGGAGAGUGGGAUACUGGGAGGAUCAUGAUAAUGCACCCCACUUAGCCUUGUCACCUAACAUUUUUGAUGAUUUUUAGUGGGUGUUAAAGUGCUCUUCUUUCACCUUUCUUUCUUCCUUCUUCUCCCCUUUUCUUUCAUUCCCUCCCUCUCUUGUCUUUUAUGCUUUCUUUCUACAUUAUUAAACAACAAAAUCACACUUUUUUCCUUCA